AUCAACAACAACAACAACAACAACAGCAACAACAAGAUGAAUCAGACAUCAACGAAGAAUCUACAAUCCACUCGCCAUUUUGAUUGCCCUCUCCCUUCUUGUGGUAAAAUCUUUAAGCGUUUAGAACAUAUGAAGCGCCAUUUAAGGACCCAUACCUUGGAGAGACCUUACUUGUGUGACUUGUGCGGCAAAAGAUUUUCAAGAUCGGAUAACCUGGCACAACACAAGAAAACACAUGAAAGA